AUGGACUGGUUGCUUGGCUGGCGCAUCUUCCCUUCGCAGGAGCUGGAAGACCUGCUCGUGCCAGAGGUGACAGUUCAUCUCCAGAAGUGCGGCUGCAGCUCAUGCAAAAACCCCAGCUGCUGGUUCAAGGGCCUCCCAAGGCGCAAGAAGCCGGGCCUUGCAACACUCCCGGAGGACUGCCAAUCCCCACUCCUUGCAGCUGCGGAGGAGGCAGCUGCACCACCUGGUUGCUGGGAGACGGCCCAGAGACUGACCAAGAUGGCCAAGUGUCUCUGGGCGACGGUGCAGGGUGCCCAAUACGUGGAGCUCACCACAUCGAAGGGGUUGCCAUACUGGCUCAACCUGGCGACGGGCGAGGCCACUUGGGACAAGCCCUGCACCGAACCACGGAUCGUCGUGCGGCUUUGGACCCAGGGCACCAUUACCCAGGUGCCUGCAUACCACCAGCUGGCAUCCUUCCUUUGA